AACAAAACCAAAGCUUAUAUAAAUAAACUAGUUUUUUAUUACGCUUUUUUUUCUUUUCAACUGUUUUUUUCUUUUUUAUCUCUCAAAAAAAAAAGCCCCUUCCUCUCUUUAAUAAAACCUUAAUUUUCUCGAUCCUUACAACUCAAAGCACAGACACACAUAGGCACUGAACUCAGAGAAUCAACAAUCACAAAAAAAAAAACGUUUAUUUAGAUGCACAUCAAAUCUCUUUCCUUAGCUACACUCGGUCUUCUUUUCCUUACUACAGGAAAAUUCGCUCAAGCAGAAGCUACUACUAGCAACAACCUCGCUCUUGUUCAUGGCGGUGUCGAAGUCGCUGACUCUUAUCUUUCAGUCUUCAGCUCUGACGGCAGUGAAGAAAACGAUUUCGAAUUAUCUGAUGAAGUUGAUGAAGAAUCUCACGUUUUGACCAAGCGCGCUGACGAUUGUACAAAGUACCAUACUGUCAGCGGUAGCGACAGCUGUGUUAAGCUUGCCAAGAAGUAUGAUAUUACUUUGGAUAACAUUUAUGACUGGAACCCUCAAAUCAAGAGUGGUUGUCCCAACCUCAACAAUGGAAAGAAGUACUGUGUUCAAAAGUCUAACAAGUCUAGUGGUAGCAGCAGUAGCAGCGGAUGCGCCAAGACACACAAAGCUACUGAUUCUGAUACUUGCGCCAAUUUGGCUAAGUCCAAUGGCAUCAGUUUGAGCCAAUUCUACAAGUUGAACCCUCAAGUUCACAAGAGCUGUGACAACCUCAAUACUGGCAAGACCUACUGUGUUAAGGGUGGUUCUAGUAGCUCCACUAAAGUGACCAGCUUGGCUGCUAAAAAGACUACCAAAAAGAAGACCACUAAGAAAUUCGCUAAAAAGUCUUCCUCCAAGGAAACCCGUAAAAAGUUACAAACCAAGUCUGCCUUCACCUACUAUUGGAUUGCUCAAGAAAACGACUAUUCUGGUGGUAAGAAGGUUACUGUCAAGACCUGUAAUGGUAAGGCCAUUGCUUCUGUUGGUGAAAAGUAUGCCGAUGCUCUUGUCAUGGAAGGUACUGGUGUCGUUGGAUCCAAGAUUGUUAACCUUGGUGGCUGUACCUGUUCUGAUUACAAGUGUUUCGAAUUAGUCGACAAGAAGACUGACCCUUAUGGUUUGACCUCUUAUGGUUCUCCUCUCCGCCCCUAUGUUACCAUUGCUUCUAAUGAUAUCAAGAAGAACACCAAGAUCUAUGUUCCCGCUCUUGUUGGUUGGUCUGUUCCUGGCUCCAGAAAGAAGCACAAUGGUUGUUUGUUGGUUGAUGAUCAAUCCUGGAGUUUCAAUGGCAAGCACAUUGAUUUCUACGUUUACUCUAUGGAUAACUACGAAAAGUUGGACAAGGCUCAUAAGAUCAACAAUGUCGAUAUCUACCAAGGUGGUUCUUGUAAGCUUCUUGACUACAUGUCAUAAUCGUAAUAAACUAUACAUAUUUUUUCCUUUUAUCUUGCAUUUCCUGUAUUCAACAACAAAUUUCGAG